CGAUGAUUCACAAGAACCAAUGAGAUUAAAUGAUUUAGGAAUUCUUGUGAAAAGUAAGAUCAGAUUGAGAACAAAGAAGAUUGUGUGGCGAAAGACAAAAAAUUGAAAUUCAGAACAGUUGUCCUAUCAUGGCACCAGUGAAAAAAAGCAGUAAGCUCUAUAUUGGCAAUCUUCCUGAGACUUGUUCCAAUGAUGACCUACACACAUUGUUUUCCAAGUAUGGAGAAAUAGAAGAAUGUGAUGUUGUAAAAAAUUAUGGGUUUGUGCACAUGGCUUCUGAAGAUGUAGCAAAUACUGCCAUUCAAGAACUGAACAAUUCUGAAUUUAUGGGUAAAAAGAUAACAGUUGAGCUUUCACAUAGUAAAGUCAGACAAAAAGCGGGAAUGGGUGGCAAAGGAACAUGUUACAGAUGUGGACGGGCAGGCCAUUGGUCUAAAGAAUGUCCCAGGAAUCCAAAUGCACGUUAUGGUAGGUUGCCACCACCUAUGAGUACUUAUGGAACUUAUCCAGAAAGAACCUUUGGACGAUAUGGUCCCGAGAGUCGUUACGACAGAUUUUCAGAUGGUUAUGGAUUUGACAGAUUCAGUGAAAGGAGUUUUGCAGCUGAACGGAUGAGACCUUACCCAGACCCUUAUGAACGUAGGCUUCCACCACCACCUCCAUCAGCUACUACUUCACGAGCUGAUGAUCUCUACUACAGAAGACCAUAUGAUGAUUAUGGGUUUGACUACCCACCAGUGGACAGAGGGUAUGACAGAUACACUAGCUUUGCUGAAGAUCGGAUUACCUGAUGUUAUGAUGUUCAAUAUUGGAAUCUUCAUCAUACCUUAGCAACUCUUCUCAUACUGAAGGAUCAGGAGGCAGACCUAGUGCUACCAGCUCAUCAUGGAUUUCUGUGUCUUCAGUGUUAUGUUGAACUCCUUUAAUGGCAAGCAUGUGGAACUGGUAUUGUUUUAUCCUUGACUAAAAACUGAAAUAAGUGUUACGACUGGAUGUGGAUCACCACCUUGAUCAGGAAUAAAUAACCUUUUUGGAAAGAUCUUGACUACCAUCUUGUUCAGAACUAAUGUGUUUAGAAGUGGAGUUCCAUGCUAUUCAACAAUUAGAAAUCGUGUUAAGGAAAAUUCAUCCAUAUAUAUAGGAAGACUAAAAAAUAGGACACUUGACAGUCUGCUGUCAUCAAGAUUAACUUUUCCAGGAUGGGCAAGAGUACCUUGAAGUCAUAUUCAAAGGAUAAAGCUCAAGGAAGCCAUGAAAGCACGGACACUGUUAACUUCAUUUCUAUUUGAAACACCGAAAACUGUGUAGGGAAUUGUAAUGCCCUCUCUUCAGCUGCCAGGAAAUCAUGUUGUAAUGACAGUUUAUAACUAGAUAUAAUUCUUUCAGAUGUGUAGUUAAAGAAAAAGUGUGCAACUGAAAACUGUUGAAGAGAAGUGCAGUGAGAAACCUGAUACACUUAAGAAAAAUGUGGAUGUAUUUAACUUGAAACUUUGACUAAGUAAAGUACUGUGCAAAUGCAGACUACCUUUAACUUUGAAUUUUUUAUUGUGAACAUAAUAAAUCACCUUCAAGUUACAGCAUUUUUGUUGUUUUAUGUGAUAAAUAAACAUGAUAUCAUUGUUACAGUUAAUUGUAAUCAGUAAUGGUGUAAACAGUAUUCAGGCUGAGAAAAAAAUAUUGGUGAUGUACUUCUUCAGUUUUAAGGCCCAAGCUGUAUGAAACAAAUAUUUGAUUUUGAUGUCCAGGCUGUUCAAGAAACUUGUAUUGUGGACUAGCUGGAAGUUUUAUGUAACAUGACAGAUGUAGUAUUAAUGACUGGAAUGGUAGAAUCUUUUGAAAGGUUAGGAAACAAAUGAGUCUCUAUAAAAAUCAAUUUAGGCUAGAGUGUAAGUUAUUGAGUCCAUUAGAUCACAUAGUUAGUCUCUUAUGCAGUUAGCAAGUAACCUCUUCGUGAUUUAGUCAGGUUAUCUGCUAUUGGCAACCAGUUAGUUCAAUGCUUUGAAUGUUGAGUUUGUUACAAAGAAAGAAUUGAUGGGUAGCCAGACAACUUAAAUUUUUUAUUAGUUCAUUUAUAAAGUUAAUCCUAUUGGUGCAUGUUGAUAAUGCUGUAGAAGUUGAAGAAAUAAAACUUUUUAUUAUUGUUAA